GUGUUGAAAUGGCGAUUAAUAGACUGGGCCCAUUUUUGGAUGGGACGCGUGCCUGUCACGAAGUGGGUUCCUGCGUACAAUUGGAAGAAGGACCUUCGAGCAGACAUACUCGGCGGGCUGAUGCUUUCGAUAAUGGCUCUUCCUCAAGGAUUGGCAUACGGUUAUCUUGUGGGAGUACCUCCCAUAUAUGGGCUGAUAACGGCAAUCUUUGGGCCUAUCUUUUAUGCAGUCUUUGGCACUUCACGCCACACCUCACCGGGUUGCUUUGCAAUAGCUGCUCUCAUGGUUGGCGGAGUCGUAGAACAGUAUGGCGCCAAACCAUCAAACGGUAGGUAUAGGAAACGAGGUCACGAAGGAUUUUUUGGAGUGCUCAUUGUAGAUCAGAACAAUAGCACUACCCCUCCGAGAAUUUGCUGUCAGGCUUCAGCCUCAGGGGUGCCUGCAGACGAGGCGGUGGCUAUUGCGUCUUCAGUGACGCUACUCGCCGGUCUUUGGCAGAUAUUCUUCGGCCUCCUCAAUGCAGGUCUACUAGCAGUGUGGCUAUCUGAUCAUUUAGUCCAAGGAGCAGACGGAGUUCCUCCAACCAGCGAAGCAUUCGGUCUGAUAAAGUUCUACCUAUGCUUUUUUCGGAGGCUGCAUACGAUCAAGAUUCCAUGUGUUGUAAUUUCUAGUAUAGCUAUUUUUCUGCUGCUACUUUCCAACUAUUUCAUAGAUCCAAUACUCAAGAAAUGGACAAAAGUAAAGUUUCCUAUGGAAUUCAUUCUGGUAAAUUCGAUUGACAGCUUUUUUGUUGUUAAAAUGUUGUGUAAAGAGGUUGAGUCGGGUAUUCCUGCGCCGAGGCUGCCGUCGCUACCCCAUGUUGAUGAACUUGUUUGGCAAGCCAUAAGUAUUGCCAUUAUCUCAUUCGUUAUUCACAUAGCACUUGCAAAAUUGAUAUCGAAAAAGCUAAACUAUGAAAUAGAUGCUAAUCAGGAAUGGUUUGCCUUGGGCGCUAUGAACAGCAUAGCUUCGUUCUUUGGGUGCUUCGCCAGCGGUUCCUCCUUGGGGAGGACUAUGAUGCAGGUUAAAUUUGGCACUAAAAGUCAGGUCGGAGUGCACUCUAUGAUCGUCGCUUGUCUAUUUCGAAAUUCAUCUAUGUCGACAUUGGUUUGCUGCACUAUGAUGGUUGGCUUCGUCUAUGGCGCAGCUUCAUUCAUUUACCAUCUUCCAAAGGCCAUUCUUGCUUCAAUCAUUAUUGUCGCUAUGAAAGAUCUUUUUGUCCAACUUGUGCGAGGAUUUCGCCUUUGCAGAGAAAGUAUUGUGGACUUCAUGAUUUUUCUGGUAACAUUAGUGGCAGUAAUUCUGAUAAACGUCAAUGUAGGGCUCAUUAUCGGAAUAUCAUUCGCUUUGCUAUCGGUCGUCUUUCGUACGCAAUGGGCUGACAGUACUUGUAUGGGUCGAAUCCCUGGCACGUCUGACUUCAAAGGUUUGGGCCAUUACCGCAGUGCAGAAGAAAUACCUGGUAUCAAAGUUUUCCGCUUUGACGCUCCGCUUUACUUCGCUAACGCCGAAUUAUUCAUUCUAAGCGUGCAUAAUGCUUGUGGAUUGAACCCUGUUAUUGGUGCGCAAACUUAUUCGUUGUCUUUCUUUGCUGUGACUGAACUGAGGUCAAAGUUGAACGAGCGAGCGGCAGCAGAAGCCAAGUCUGGCAAGGAGCGUAGCAUGGAAGCGUCGAAAUCAGCUGGCGACAUGCGUGAGUCAUCAACGUACUUGAGCAGUCGAUGA